AUUCCACCCCGUAUAAAAGCCGCGGCUGCUCACAACCGGCAAUAGUACACCUGUUACCUCCGCAACAUGAAGUAUCUCGUUGUUUUCGCCAUUUGCCUCGUCGCUGUACAGGCGCUGACAGAUGAACAGAAGGAGAAGCUGAAGAAGCACAGGAGCGAGUGCCUCGCGGAAUCCAAGGCUGUUGAGGAACAAGUCGACAAACUCAAGACCGGAGACUUUACCAAUGAAAAUGAGGAUCUGAAGAAGUACGCUCUCUGUCUGAUGGUUAAGUCAGAAUUGAUGACAAAGGAUGGGAAGUUCAAGAAAGACGUCGCCCUCGCUAAGGUUCCUAACGCAGCUGACAAGCCAACAGUGGAGAAGCUGAUCGACGCCUGCCUCGCAAAUAAGGGCAGCACUCCUCAACAGAACGCGUGGAACUACGUCAAGUGUUACCAUGAGAAGGACCCUAAGCACUCCAUCCUCAUCUAAGUGAAGCUAAUAUGGAAACAAACACUGCCUUAGAUCUGAAAACCUAAUUGUAAGAGAUGUUUUGUGUCUCCUAUGUCAGUAUUGUUAUUGAAUAAUUGUCCAAUUGUAAUCUACCAUCUGCAGUGUCAAUAAAGUGUGAUUAUCUAAA